GACUCGAUUACCAGCAUACUUAGUCAACACCUCCAAUUUUCUAUCUUACCCUCUUCGAUCUGUUUAACAGCCCGCUUACAUCAAAUAAGGAUGCAACUCAUGGUAUCAGUUGAUUGGAGUCCCUGAUGGUCUCCAAAUAACUCUCCAACCCGAGACCGUUGUGCCCACCGAACCCCGACAAUAUUAAACCUCGAGGCCCGUGUCCGAGUCCGAGUCCAAUCUAGCCUCCGGUCAUUGUCUCCUUACCCAUCGCCUUCGGUUCUUUGAAUCCGCCUCAUAUAAAAUGGCCCUAUCGCGGCCCGAGCCUGGCCCCAAUGCGUCGGUCGAAGCGUUUGCGCAAACCGGCGCUGAGCCCUCGCUCGAUGAUAGCGACGACGAAGAUCUUCGGUCGGCCGUUGGCAGUGGAAGCGAUGUUUACGAGCUGCAUGAGAGAAAUACGAGUAGUGGUAGACACGGCAGCGCGAUAUGGGAUGCCGAAGCUGCAGAGGAUGGAGAUGUAGACCAUCCUCUCGUAGGAGAGCGCUCGCGAAGUCCUGGUUCUAUGGCGAGUUUCCAGCUCUAUACCCCUGAUGAAGAACAAGCCGUGCGGAGGAAGUUCGAUCGCAAGCUUGUCUUAUUCGUCGCUCUCCUUUACAUGUUGAGCUUCGUCGACAGAUCUAAUAUCGGCAAUGCUCGUAUAGCUGGUAUGGACGAAGAUCUCCAGUCUGACCCGCCCCGCGAUGAAUGGUACCAAUGGGCCCUCACGGCGUUUUACAUUACUUACAUUGCCUUUGAAUGGAUGUCGCUUCUGUGGAAGCUCAUUCCGGCGCAUGUAUUUGUGUCAAUGGUGGUCCUGACAUGGGGUCUCAUGGCGUCCCUUCAGGCUGUCGCGACGUCUUAUCCCAUGUUGAUUGCGCUGCGCGCUGUCCUUGGAAUAGGAGAGGCUGGCUUCACGGGGAUUCCAUUUUACUUGAGUUUCUUCUUCAAACGAGAGGAGCUUGCAUUCCGGACUGCUAUUUUCAUAUCUGCGGCACCCUUGGCUACGACGUUUGCUUCAACGCUCGCCUGGCUCAUUGUUAAGUUUGCUGAGUUUGGCCCUAUUGCUCCCUGGCGUCUUCUCUUUAUCAUUGAGGGGUUCCCAUCCGUCAUCGCGUCUGUAGUAGCCUGGAACGUCAUCCCUGACUCUCCACAGACAGCUCCUUACUUGACCAAGCGUGAGAAAAAGGUUGCCCAUCUACGCCUUCGCAGCGAGCAGUCGACGGCCACAAACAAUAAGCCUUCGUCUGGUCUCAAAGGUCGCGAUGUUCUAGCAAUAUUUCGUGACCCUGUUGCGUGGAUCACUGCAACCAUGUUCUUCCUCACCAACAUGGCGUACUCCUCUCUCCCCGUCUUCCUCCCCAAGAUACUCACUGAGAUGGGUCACGAUACUCUCACCUCUCAAGCUCUCAGUGCUCCCCCAUACUUGGCGGCUUUUGUCAUCGUCCUCUUCACAGCGCACAUGUCUGAUCGUCUGCGCACACGCACCGUACCUCUAAUAUUCCAUGCCCUCGCUUCAUCAAGUGGCUACGCCAUUCUGGCUUUGGCUAAACCCCUUAAUCUUCCUAAUUUCAUCCGUUAUAUGGCCGUAUAUCCUGCCGCUAUAGGCUUUUUCAAUGUCGUCACUCUCAUCAUUACUUGGAGCAUCAACAACCAAGCCAGCCAGAGCCGUCAAGGCGGUGGCUUUGCUCUCCUCCAACUCGUUGGCCAGUGCGGACCGCUCGUGGGUACCAGGUUGUAUCCGGAUCGAGAUGCUCCCUAUUAUGCGCCUGGGAUGAGCACAUGUGCAAUCGCUAUGCUUCUGGUCUCCAUACUAGCGUAUGCUCUUCGCUUUUAUCUCAAGUAUCAAAAUCGUAAAUUUGACCGGGCUGAGAGUGAGCGUCGGCAGGGAGGUGACGAGGUUGAGGAAGAAGGCCUCGUUGGCCCUGGGAGACGCAAAUCAGCGGCUGUUGUUUUUCGAUAUAUGUUAUAAGGCAAUUUUAAUAACCACUGUUUCAAACUCGCAGCUCCUAAAAAUUUAUUGUUCACGGAAUGAUCGCUACCGAGGUAAACUUGAUUGUUAGACCAUGUACACUUUCUUCUUCUUCUUGCUGCUAGCUAACACCUCGUGAUGCUAAACUAAUACCGUUUGUAACUUGAUUUUCUCAAACGAUUUGCCAUGUAAGUUAUUUAUAAUCUAUUUCCCAAAGCGCAUCCACUUAGGGGCGUGAUACUUCUCUACGCCGGCUUUCCACCAAGAGUCAGUUCCACGCCCGCCUUGCUCGAUCGAGAAAGACGCAGAUUCUUUCUCAUGUUUAGGCUUGCUGGCAUCCUCAGGUCUAAGUUUGCGGCGCAGUGUCUUCCAGGCCGAGUGGUGUUUUCUCUGCUCUUUAUGUUGACGCCUGACACUCUGAUAGGCAUGGCGAAGUUUAUUGCAGCUGUUAUGACAAAUAUUGUGUGCCAGUUUCUCAACUCCGGCUCGAGACCGUUUCACUCCCUCUGUCAAGCUUCGAAGAGACAUGACAGAAGAUUUUCUCUUGCUUCUUCUUUCCACCUGUGGCGGUUUGAUUGGCGGACUAGGACUGUCUGAGUGCCGGUUUUCUGUUGGGCUAUCAAUUUGGGUCUGGAUUCGGGCCUUCAUCCGUGUCAGGGGGUAAGUCCCUUCAAGCCCGAUAGUGUCUUCCAAUGAAGGCUGUCUCGCCAUGGUCUCCUGAGGAGGCGUCACAUUUGACUGUAGGUCUUCCGAACUUGAUACAAUCUCAAAGUAGUGGUAGGACUGGAUGGGUAGUCGUUGCAGGUGCCCGAAAGCAGCUGCCUCAUCGACUCCUGUCCUGUGGGUGCUUCCUUGUCUCAUAACUCUCGCAGCAACAGAAGAGCUUGAUGAAGAUCUCAGACCGGAUAGCCGGUCGUUGAAGCGACUAUAUUUCAUCAAAUCGCCCAAGUCCAAACUUGGCAUGCGAGUGUCUGAUGCCGGUGAUGGCACAUCACUAAAUCCAAUACCUUGGUCAUGGUAUGAUGAAGAUGUGCUCCUUGGAGCUCUAUGUACGGACUCUGGAGAGGGCGCUUGCGAUCUCAUAGGUCUCAGGUUAUCUCUUACCAUUUGUAGGAUAGAGAACUGGUCUGAAAUAACAUCAGUCGUUGAUGGUUUGCGGAUUUGGUCAUCGGGUGCAUCGUUCAGCUGUGCUUCUUCACGAAAGUGAUCGCGGUGGGUAAGUGGUAGUAAAGCUCCAUUCUGAAGAAAUGCAUCUUGUCUGGAGGUCGUUCGACUGGUCGGGUUUGUAUGUGCCUCAGCCUCGGGGAAAGGCCGCCCAUUUGACCGGAAAUCUCUCUAGGAUGCUGCUGGCCUGAUGUUUUCCAGAUCCUCGAGUUUCUUCCGGGUAACAGGUGCUCUUUUUUGUACAUUAAGUUCGCUCAGCUGUGUGCCUGGAAUGGUGUUAUUGCUGUAGGAGUCUGGUGCAUCCCCUAACUUGAGGCCUAGAGGGCGGGACCGGACUGGAAGUGUAAAGGUGUCAUUCAUGGUGAGGAUGUAUGUAUCACUAAUAAAAGCAGCUGAUGGGUGGUGAAUCUCAAAUGGUGAUGAGUUGUUGAAGAUGGGAAAAGAAAAC